AUGGCGUUCUCCCUCUUAAGUCCCACAACAACCAGCAGCCCUCCCACUCAACAAUCAUGUGUCAUCCUGCAGACCCAGCCACCAUCACCACCCCGCUUCGACCAGAUCGACCGAUGGAAAGAUAUCGAUCAGUAUCGAAUACGAACUGUUCGUCAGGGUCCAGAAGAACGGCCAAUCCGAGUCGAAGAUGAUGCGGAUGUCGUCAGGGAUUCAAACAGCGCCCUCAGGAAGCGGGCCCGAACACCCAACUAUCCUCCUCCACCGACACCAAGACCCCGCCGCUCAAAAUAG